AUGGCCAUAGUUGAAGAAAACAACUUCAUCGGGCUAUCCCUAUCCCAGCUAAUCCUAUCCAGCAACUCAAACACGCUCGACUCAAUCUUCUCCUACUGCCAUCAGCCUUCGAACCAUGUCCCACUCGGCACCUCCGUCUACCUGAGGCAGAGAGAUUUAUUAAUCCAGACACUCUCAACCCAAAACCAAUCCAUCACAAGAGGCCCAUUUCCGAGCCCAAUCCCAGCCCAGCAGCCUGGCCCAAUCACGCCGACCUAUUUCAGCCCAAGCAAGCGGAAGCUCUACCGUGGGGUCCGCCAGCGGCACUGGGGGAAAUGGGUGGCCGAGAUCAGGCUCCCCCAGAACCGGACCAGGGUCUGGCUCGGGACCUACGACUCGGCCGAGGCCGCUGCCUACGCGUACGACCGGGCGGCCUACAAGCUCCGUGGGGAGUACGCUCGGCUCAACUUCCCGAACCUGCGGGACCCAGCCCGGGUGGGGCUCGGGGACCCGGCCCGGGUUGAGGCCCUGAGGGACGCGGUGGAUGCCAAGAUUCAGGCCAUCUGCCAGAGGGUGAGGCGGGAGAGGAGGGCCCGACGGGCCGUGAAGCGGGCCGAGGGCGAAGAGGGGGCCCGGCCCGGGAUAGUUGUGGAAAAGACGGAUUCGCCCCUGGAGAGUGGGAGCAGUGGGUCGGAUGGCGGGGGAGGGAGCUCGCCGGAGGAGUCGUGGUGCUCGCUUGCUCGGCUGCCGUCGAUCGACCCGGAGUUGAUAUGGGAGGUUCUUGCUAAUUAG